AUGGCGGCGGCGGCCACGGCGGCGGUGACGAUCGGCCCGACGGCGGCGCUAGUGGCGGAGGAGGGCCCCAGUGGAGAGGCAGCGCCGGCGGCGGCCCCUCCACCACAGGCCCCGGCAGCGUCGGCCGGGCCCCGCUUGUCGCGGUUGCCCCUGGCGCGGGUGAAGGCGCUGGUGAAGGCGGACCCAGACGUGACACUCGCGGGCCAGGAAGCCAUCUUCAUCCUGGCUCGAGCCGCGGAACUGUUUGUGGAGACAAUUGCAAGAGAUGCUUAUUUCUGUGCCCAACAAGGGAAAAGGAAAACUCUCCAGAGGAAGGACCUGGAUAAUGCAAUAGAAGCUGUGGAUGAAUUUGCUUUUCUAGAAGGCACUCUGGACUGAGCUGCAUGCACUCUGCAGAUCCUAGAGUCUCUUUUUGAAUUCCUGCGUUCUUCCACCUGCACUUCAGCAGGCUUCAGCUGUCUCUGAACACUGUCCUAAACAGACUGUUUUCUAGGGGAACACUGUCUGUUAUGCCAGCCCAUUCCUCUCUUUCCUAUUGCCCUAGUGAUCUCUGAAAGGAUAUCAGCCCAAGAAUGGGCUGUUCUAUGAUCUCAACUCUUGGCCCCCCCCACCCAAGUUUCACCACUGCCUGUGUCUGCCCCGAUGGGGUUGAUUCCACACCUGUUCCCUGCAGAGAGAGAGAGAGAUGAAGGAAUUUUUCUUGAUAAAGAGGCCUUUUGAAAAACGAAGCACAAAAUAAAGAUGUCUAGACCAAUGUGCAUUUAAA